CUGCGCGCUUUAUAAAUGAGUUUAAUGAUAUUAUUAUGUAGAUCUCGUCUCAAGAAGUUUUACUAUGAUGUGACAAGUGGAAAAUGUAAUGAAUUCUACUAUUCGGGAUGUCAGGGAGGAGAGAAUAUGUUUGAUGAUUUACGAGACUGUGUCAUCACAUGUGUAUCCCCCUCCAGUAUGCUCAGAGGCCGGCCAACUGUAGAGAUAGAAAUUAUUCCAGAAAUUGAUCCUUGCGGCCUAGAGAUGUCUAGAGGUCCUUGCAGAGCGAUCAAAUCAAGAUGGUUUUUUAACAAGAACUCGGGCAAUUGUGAGAGGUUUGAUUACAGUGGAUGCCAGGGAAAUGCGAACAAUUUCCUUAAUCUUGAAUCUUGUCUGAAUAGAUGCAGACCUGGAGGAUCUGGACCCUUUAUCCAGGUAGGAGGUGUUAACACCUUGCCUGUUCAAAUAUCAGGUUCACUGUCUACAGUAUUCCCAGGGGCUCCAGGAGCAACUAUAUCUUGUCCAGGGUGUCCUAGUGAUGCUCCCAUAGAUGGAGAAGUUAAAAAGUUGGCUGUUCAAGCUGCAAAGAAGCUCGUUGGAAUAUCUUCUGUAGUUGGAGAAGAAUGUGCACAUGUAAAGCUACUUGAGGUUGUGAAUGUUAAGAAACAAGUAGUGGCUGGAACUAAUUUUAUCCUUACCCUGAAAAUGAUCACCAAGACCGGACCAGAUUGUCAAGAUGAGGAGAUUAAAAUUUGCUCAAACAUAUAUGCCUACAAACCUCUACCAUACGCCUGUGAUUCAGAUGAUCAUUGCAUUGAAAUUAUAAGAUCUGGAGACAUAAACUGCCAUGGUGAACACUCUAUUGAGAUUCCAAUAGAUAUUGUUCCAAUGGAUCUAGGGGAAGGAAGAAAUAUGUUAACCAUCACAGAGCUGAAUAUUGAGGAAUAUGACCCCUGUUUGACCGAGAAAAUGAUUGGUGACUGUAGAGCAGCAAUCACAAGAUUUUUUUUUGAUAAGGAAUCCAGUUCAUGUGUCUCAUUCAACUAUGGAGGCUGCAAUGGAAAUGGCAACAAUUUUGUGAGCGCAGCAGAAUGCGAGAAAGCAUGUGCUGCUCAUCUACCUGCCUCUGCCAGAUCAGCACUAAUUCCAAACCCAGAUGAUGGUUCUGUCACAAUUCCAGUUCCUGCCCCUACUAACCCCAUCUGUAAUAAACCUAUGGAUGCAGGUCCUUGUUUUGCUUUGAAACCAAGAUAUUAUUACAACACCGAGAGCAAUAGAUGCGAAGAGUUUCUAUAUGGAGGAUGCCGAGGGAAUGAAAAUAAUUUUGAGAUGUUGGUUGAUUGUGUUUCUACCUGUGGUAAACAACUUCGCAGCAGGUUCCCUCCUCUACCUCCUCCACUACCAAAAUGCAAGUUUGGAAACGAAUCCUACGCUAUUGGAGAUAUUGUUCGACUCGACAGCGAUCCUUGCAAGGCAUGUGUAUGCAGCAGUCCCCCUGAUCUAUCUUGUAACAUUAAAAAAUGUCCAGCCAUAGCUCCAGCUUCCAGAACACGGGAGAACUGCAUCAUUGUUAAAGAUGAUCUUGGCUGCUGUACCGAGAAACUUGAAUGCCCGGUAGAUGAUUCUAACUUCGGCAUAAUUGGAGGAUAUUUCCCAAUCCUUGGCGCCCCUGCAUCUGCCCAACUGGACAGUGAUGCCAAGAUGGUGGCUGGGAUUGCUUCUAAGAAGCUGUUGGGGGGAUUAGCACUUAUCUCAGGGGUUCAGUGCCAAGGAACUACACUUUUAGAGGUCUUAGAUGUAAAAAAACAGGUUGUCGCUGGCACUAAUUAUAUUUUCACAAUGCGCCUGAAGUCUAAGAACGGUCCCCUGUGCUCAGAUGAGAUGGACAGAUAUUGUAAAAAUAUUCGUGUACAUAAACCACUACCCUCAACAUGCCAGGAUCUAUCAUCAUGUUUGGAGCUGAUAAAUCAAGAUGGAAUUCAGUGUUUUGAUACAAGAGAGGAAGUUUUUUAAAUUUCUCUCAUUUUAGUGUUUUUUUUUGGCUUUUUUGUGAUUUUAUGUCAAGUUCACUGUGUUUAUAUUUAAUAACUUAUCAAUUGGGUGUGAUCAUACUUCAUUAGUCUUAUUUUUUUUUUCUCACGUUUAUAAAUUUUUUAUUUUCAUUUGAAAAAUGUUUUUUUUUCACCAAUUAAAAUUUAAAAUGGGUUCAAAUGUACCAAUCUUGGGACAUUCUUUAAUCCAAAAUUGUUAAGCCAUAUAUCAUACGAUAGCACCGUAAUUAUUUAAAAAUUGCCGAUAGAAUAUUUGAAAAAAAGAGGAAGGCUAAUAAACUUCUUUCAAAAGAAUCGCAAACGGAUUUUUGAAUAUAGAAUUUUUGUCUUUUAAAUAGUGUUGUUAUUACAAAAAAUUAAAUUUUAGUUUAAAAUAUUAAUUGUAUUCUAAAUUGUUGCUUUAUAUUUAUUUACCAUAUGUAAUAAAAAACAGCUAAAUUUUG